GAACCUUACAUUCUGGACAUCUCACACUUGUAACAUGUUGAAUGGCACAGAUGGUACAAUUUUCCACCCGUUUAUGGAAAAGUCGGAUGUAUUAUAUGUGUUCUCAUCUGAUUUAUGCAGGUCUAUAUAUUUCACAUACCUGCGUGACAACAAGCAGAAGGGUAUAGAUGUAUACAGAUUUACUACCCCACCUGAUGUAUUUCAAUCUCCUACUGACAAUCCAGCUAACCAAGGAUACUGCACUCCCAGUGAUAACUGCUUUCCAUCAGGACUUUUGAAUGUGGAAAACUGUCAUUUUGGUGCUCCACUCAUUUUCUCACAGCCCCAUUUCCUGAAUGCUGAUCCUGCUAUUAUACAUGGUGUGAAUGGAAUGCACCCUAAUCUGGAGGAACAUGGUACAUUUAUUGAUGUUGAACCAGUAAGAAAUCAUUCUUAUUUUCUUGUAUCUUUAACAUUUCUACACCAAAUCAGUGUAAUGGACUUGUUUCUUUUGAACUUAGAAUGGUCCACUGCGAAAAUUUGUAAAACACAGGGCUUGGCUUUUUAUGCUGCUAAGAAAUUACAAAUUAACAUACUGUUGGAGGAAGUUGAUCAUAUAAAGCAGACAGAUCUUUUGAAAAGAACAGUGCUUCCAGUGCUCUGGCUGAAUGAAAGCUCUAGAAUUACAGAUUCCUUGGCUGAUGAGUUCAAAUCUCAGUUGGCCACGCCACUUAUGGCCAUGCAUAUCGGUACAUAUGUAGCAAUUGGCCUUGGUUCACUGCUUAUUUUAGUGGCUAUUUCCAUCAUUGCUUGGAAGAAGAUAUUUGGUGAUAGGAAUAGAGAGAUGACAGACAUGUCUGGUGACAGAGCAGAUCUUGUUCCUGGUGUCGAUUCCUAAAUUUUAUAAAAAAAGACAUGCUUCAAAGUGCUUAGAAAACUGUGAUAUAUAUAAUAACAUGAGCUAUAAUUAGAUUCAACUUGUUUAUGACUAGACUAAAGUUGUUUCUGAUUGGUUGAAAAUGUUUAAAAUUAAAUCCAAAUUGUUUCUUAUUGGUAAAUUUGUUUAAAAUUAGAUCCAAAUUGCUUCUUAUUGGUUGAGGGAUUCAAGUUUUUUCUCUUUAGUUAAAAUUGUCCAUAAUUAGCCAUGCAUUCACUUUCAUAGCAUCACCAAAUCAUGGCAUCACAAUGUUGAAAAAUAAUCUGUAAAAUAUCUUGACUUUUGCUGCAUUUUUAGGUAAUAUGUGUGGAUGCAUGAAGCUUCCCCUUAUUCAUGCACAUUUUUCUUGCAACAGGGUGUAUUGCUGAUAAAUAUGUAUGUAUAAGAAAUUGUAUUUGAAAUUUUUUGUAUGAUGUUACCAUUAUCUCAUUAAAUAAAUACUCAUUAACAACAAGUUAUUUAAAACUUAAAGAGUGUUGUAUGUACAUGUAUCUUUGGAUUUUGUGUUCUCAAACCGGAUUUUUUUUUUCAUGUUUAAGUAUAAAUUAUUUUGUUUAAUUUAUUCUCUAUGCAUGCAUUGAGUUACAACUUGCAUCAAAUAUUAUUAUUCUUUUGUUAGUAUAUUUUUGUUAAUGUGUUUAUAUUUAUUAGUAGAAUUCCUUACCAAAAUUUCUUUUUUUAACUGAUUGUACUUUAAGAUGCCUUGACUGUACUGAAUUAUGGUAUUGUAUUAUUUUUUUAGAUCAAACAUUAUUAUAUUUAGCUUUUGUCAAAUGAUGAAACUAGUCAGCUGUAAGCCUGGCUCCCCAACCCCCUAGAGAAUAGCGGGGACUUUGACUCAAAUUGGCUGGUGCAUGAGUAUAUGUAGCUAUUUCUAUCAUAAAAGUUAUCAUUAUAUACGCAUACUGUAUAUCUGUUGAUUAUAAUGUUUUGUAUAUGUUUGCAUUAUUUUCCAAAUAUAUUUAAAUUCCAUAAUUCAAUCAUGUCACAGCCUGUGUAGUAAUUGUUUGAAAAGAUAUGUUUUCAAGAUUCAUAAAGAAUGAAAAAUAUUUAGGAAAAAAUCUUUUGAAUAUUGUAAACCAAUGGUCAUUUUUCUGGGUUGUUGAGAAAAACCUGUUUGCAUUAUUUUAUUGAUUUUGUUAUUGUUUAUGUUGUUCAUGUAAUACUGCUAUCAUUAUACUGUUAUUAAGUGUCAUUAAUUUCAUUUCUUUUAUCACAGUGUAUAUCCAGUGACGUAGGAAUUUAUACAUUUUUCCUUGCUGGUAAAAGUAGACUGUCAUGUCAGCUGUAUGCGCUUAUUCAUUACCUUUAAUUUGGUUUUCUAUAAAGUAUUUACUUACUAUGUUACAUGUUUCAGACAUAGGUCCUGGUUUGCACAGUUUUUUACUUUUGCACGAUUCUUGUGUUAAUUUCUUAUUCCUGUGUUACUGGAUAUACUUAGAGGAUAUUGAAUGAGUGUAGGUUCAAUACUAAAUUAUUGAACAAGCUGAAUAAAAUCAUAUUAUGCGAGCCUCUGGCGAGCAUCAUAUUGUUUUAUUCAAACUAGUGCAAUAAAUUUGGUAUUGAAUCUACACAAAUAUAAUAUUCUAUUUAUCACAAAUAUAGAAUAAGAAGGGUAAACUGUUGAAAAAAUAAUUUUUUCAUUGAUUCGCCUAUAGAGUAAUGCUAACAUUAGCUGCAUUGACGUUAUCUUUAUAAAUAAUGCAAGUGACGUCAUGUCAAAGUGUUAUUACACUAAUCUAAUAUCGUUUUUAUUAAAUGGCUUUAUUACACUCCUGCGCUGUGGUUUAUGUGAUAGUGUAUAUACAAUGUAAAUUUACAUGAUGAUUCUAUUCCAAACUCAUUGAUUUUACUUAAAUCAAUGUGAUGUCAUUGGCACCGGUAUUUAACUUGUAUGUUAUCUUUAGUCAUUAUAAGCAAGGUCCCCUAUACUGCCAUUUUGUGAUAGUUCUAUAAAAUUAGGAAAUAUUUUCCUAUUUAAGUUAUAGAUUAUGGCAAUUACUUUACUAUGUCAGCCAGAAGUUUUCGUGGUAUUAUUAUUACACUGUAAUAUUUAUAUGAUGCAAAAAUCUAUCAGUUGUAAAUUAAUACAAAUGUUGUUUGUAUUUCAAACAUACAUCCAGUAAUUUUGCUGUUUUUGCAGUUUCUGAGGUAUAGAUAAAAUAUGCAACAUAUAACCUCUAACCAGGUAUUAUGAUUGUCAUGCAAUAACCAUUAAUUCAAAUUUAAAUAAGCUAACACAGAAAAAAAUGUGUGGUAAUUUGUAAUCAACUUUCUAAAUGUAUUUUAUGCCUAUUUUGUUCAUUUCCAGUAAUCUUGAUAAUAUAGUCUCUCUUAUAAAAAUAUAUUUUAUUGGCUAAUUUUUGUAUUUGUAAAACUAUAUUCUUGACAAGUAACGGCUUUUUGUUGGGUAAAAAAAGGUUGAAUAAGGUAGUUUUUAUAUUCAACAUACAUGUUUUAUUACGAAGGAAUAUAUAUACAAUCUUAACUAUCAUGAUAUAACAGUGAACUUGUGAUCUAUACCAGAUAUAUAUAUUCAAUUAAUCAUAUAUACAUAUAUUUCAUGUCUUGUAUUGUAAAUAAAAUCAGGAGUAUAGAAUUUUAUUAAACUUGUAUAUUUUUGACUAAAGAAAAAAUUGAAAGGUUUUUUUUUCAUACAGUAUAACAGUGUGAAAAUAGAGGAGAUCCCAGAGCUAGAGCAUUGAAAAAACAAAGUAAAAAUGUGAAUACUGCAGAUUUUGUUUUAUUGAGUCUGUACAUGAGAUAUUAUUAUGUAUAUAUGAAAGAUGCAACAUCGCCCGUUCCCCUAGUACCAACUUAAUUAAGCAGUAAUCAGUCAUCAACACAAUAAAGGGUAGUGAAAUCAAUUAUUUCAAUUUCCCAAUUGAUAACCUCUUCAGAACAAAAACUUUUCGGGAGAAAAAAAAUAUUCUGGUGUUCUUGAGAGUGAAAGUAUAUUGUGAAGUAUAUUAUGAUUGAUUGUAUGAUUGUUUGUUUACGGAGAUUACUGGUCUAUAGAGGGCCGCUCGGCUGUGGUUGCACUGUAAUCAAAAUUUGAAUACUAGAACUCAAGUCAGGCGUUCUAAUAUUGAUUGCAUGUAUAGAAAUCAGUAUAACUUUAUAUGCUCGUAAACACCAGUGUAUAACUUGUUUUUAGGGAACGUAUCUAUGUACAGUCUCGUUUUCAGUUUGCAAGAACAGUUUUUCAGCGUUAAGAAAUCAUCUGAAAGAAGAUUAAUCUACUCUUUUAAUUCAGUGUCCAUGCAGUGACAUGAUAUUUAUUGGGACAUUAUAUUAUAAAAUAUUACCAGACGAAAUUUUUUUUCAUAAAUAUUUGAUAAUAUUUUUCAUUUAUAAGAUACAAUUUAUUGUGUUUGCAUGAAGAUAUCAUAUCACUUUUUAGCUUUUAAGUAUGUUACAUUAUCGGAUCCUAAGUGCUAUUAAAUACUUGUUAUUCCUUUCUCA